AUGGCAUCUGCACGUUCUCCAUCAUUACAGCAAUUGAUUGACAUUCUGCGUCCCUCUAGGCGAUUUUCGAGUGCCCGACAAGGACAGGGUGCAGGGGCAAACAAAGAAAAACAUGCAUGGCCAAGACUUCAACGCAAUGAGAUCCAUGCAAGAACGUGGCUGGUUCCUGCGUCCAACAUCCUAACGGGCUACGAGCCAGUCCACGAGGAAGGACAGUCCCUUCUAAAAGAACUGCAGGGCUUGGUUGGUCUCUCACCGUACAUCGUAAACAGCCACAUCCAAUCUUUGGAAACAUCCUUGUACCCAGUGACCUAUCUUGGUGGCCUGGAGAGGGGCACAGUCAAAGCAGUAUCCACCCCAAAUCCGGAUCUGCUAGUCUUGAUCUGGUUGUAUGUCCCCGAGUAA